AUGUAUCGCAUCAGUACUACGUGGGGUAGUAUUCCGGAUAGCCUCGCGACUUUAAAAGACAUUCUAUGUUUAAAGAGAGAUAUAACCAAUGUUCUUGACACUGUUAGAAGAACAAAAAGAAUUACUUUACGCACAAAUUCAAAGGACUUGUUUACAAUAAAAAAUCUUCCAGAAACAACAUCAUGA